AUGGCUCCCGCUCCUAUUCCGCAUUUCCUCCUACCGCGAGGACUUCCCACUGCGCGGACCCUGCGGACCCUGCAGCACCAGCAACACAUCGGCCUGACCACCCGCGCACCGCGCCAAUGCUUUUCUUCCUCCAGCCCUGUAUCCAAGGGUAGGAAUACCGACAAGAGCCGGACACUAAGUCAACCAGACAAGUUCCGACCUCCUUCACACCCGCAGCGGCUCGUCAAUCCGGCACGCACCUCGCCCUCCGGUCAACCCAUCAACUAUGGUCCCCGCCUCACAGCCGAGCAGCGCGAAGCGCAGAAUAAAAAGCAAUACCCCAACAUGUUCCCACCAGAGGGGACGGUCAUGCACAAGUUCUUGACGAAUAAGUGGAUUCAUGUGUGGAUCGCAAUGAGCAUCCUGACCUCCCUGGCAACAUUCACCUUUACCACGAACUUCAAAGCCAGCUCUCCCUUCGCCCACCUCCUCCCGCCCUGGUCCGCCCUCUUCACCUCACCCUUCAGCACCAUCUCCCAGGCCAUGGCCGUCUACCGCAUGGACGUGCAGCACAACUCCAUGCGCGUGCGUGAGCAGCGCCACCGUCGCAUUGAGGACGCUGAGAAGCGCAGGCAGUAUCGUGUCGCGCACGGCAUGGAGGAGCCUAGUGAGAAAGAUCUUCCUCAGCCUGUCGACGACCAGUCGCCUGUUGCGGUUGAGGCUGCGAAUGGUGAGUUCGUUGAUUGGGAAGGCAAGAAGAAGCCUGCUAAGAAGUGGCUUGGAAUUUGGUAA